GUGAUCCCGUCAGAGAACCCGAUGCAGCGUUUCAGACCGCGGCCCCGUUCAGCACAGACGACUCUGCUAACGCCUCAGAACAGGAAGCUUUUUAAACAGUGGGAGCUGCUCGCUUAUCAACCAACAUCUUCUCUGUUUGCCACAAUGAUUUGGAAAUGGAUCUUUCUUACCGCCCUGCUUCCUGGAGCACUCACAUCCCCGACUCCACCCUCACGCCCUAACACCACCGCCGUGGAAGGACCCUGUCGCAUCUACAACUCCGGCCGCUCUGCAGACUGUCUGGGUCGACAGCUGGAAAGUGUCCCGUGGACACAAUUUCCACCCACGCUGGAAGAGAUCGACCUCUCCUCCAAUAAGCUCCAAGCUGUCCUCGCCGACGACUUCCUCCGCCUCCCUCGGCUUCGUGUCCUCCUGCUGAAGUUUAAUAACAUUUCCCACAUCGACAGUGAAGCCUUUAAAAACAACAAGCUGCUGGAGCAUCUUGACAUCUUUAAUAACUCCCUGCAGGAAAUCCCUGCCACCGCCCUGACUCCGCUUCUAAAUCUGAAACAGCUCAUGAUGUCGAAUAACCUUUAUGAACACGCCACUCUGGAUGAGAGGUUCUCCAAAUUGGUCCAUCUCAAAGUUUUGUCGAUGGGCGGCCCUUUGGUGAUGGGUCUAAAGAAAGCCGAUUUCCAGCCCCUGAAAAACAUGCGUUUGCACGGCUUUGCAAUCAAAUGCUCCUCUAACCUGAGUUACUACGAGCCCGGGAGUUUAGAGGUCGUCCAGACGCUGCAGAUGGGCUUUGACAUGGCCUUAGAUCAACGGCCUGACGCUUUGCAUCACAUGCUGCGUGACCUCGCCAACAAGACCUUCAGCGUCAUCCAGUUCCGAAACCUGUUUGAGUUCACGUACUACAUGGGAACGGACGACAUUUUCCAGGGUUUAAGAUACGUCACGUCCCAGCAGCUCGUCUUCCACAGAGGGAAAUUCAAUGAGAAUCUCCUGCGUAUGGCGUUGAUGAACCUAGAGGUCGCCUCCAUCAGAAAUCUGAGACUUCAGUACAUCGACUUCGCCCGCUCACCCACGUUCAUCGAUAGUGGAGGAGACUCCAGUAUCACGGAUCUAGCUCUGGAUGAGCUGGAUCUUUGGUAUAUCAGCAACCCGGAUGUGCUGCGCUUCGACUGGCGCUUCACCUGGUUCAACAAAAUCAAGCACCUGUCUAUUCAGUAUGUGAACUUCAACUCUGUGCCGUGCGACGCCUGGGCGGAGAUGUCGGCUGUUGAGAUUCUGGACGUCUCCAACAAUCGACUACAGGACAACUACAUCUUUAACCAACGCUGUCAAUACAAGGGCGCCAUGCCGAACCUGCACACAUUCACACUGAGCACCAAUGACCUGACCAGCUUAAGAGACCUGUCGUCUCUAACGAGGGAGUUCCAGCAGCUGCAGGAGUUGGACGUUAGCAACAACAGACUGGGAGCUGCUGGAAAAAGUCGAGACUGCGUCUGGCAGAAGAGUAUAACUCGGUUCAUCGCUCACCACAACCGGUUUGAAAGUGAGUCCCUGCGUUGUCUGCCCACCACGGUGCAAUACUUGGACCUGUCUCAUUGCGACCUGGACCAGCUGGACAUGACGUACUUUGAGAAAGCCAACAGCCUGAAAGAGCUGCUCCUUAGUGGGAACAAAAUCAAGUUCAUCCCCUUUCAGUGGAGAAGUCCAUCGCUGCAGUCGCUAGCUUUGGACGGGAACUCGUUUGGCGUCAUCAGCAAAGCAUCCUUCAGGGACAUGCCCCGAUUGUCUCGCCUGAGAGCGGGGAACAACCCUUUCCAUUGCACCUGUGAGCUUCAUGCCUUCGUCGAGUAUACGACAACCAAAGGAAAGAUCAACCUCACAGACUGGCCGGAGAACUACAAGUGCUACUACCCGGAGGCCUUCCUAAACAAGGUCGUUUCCAAAUACCUACCAAGUCGAGUGGCGUGCGACAUCAGACUUGUGAUCAUCAUCUGCGUUGCCACCACAGCGCUGGUGAUCUUCAUACUGAUGCUUAUGUGCUACAUGUUUGACCUGCCGUGGUACACCAAAGCGACCUUUCAGAUCAUCAGGGCCAAAUACAGAGCUCACAAGGAGAAGGCAGCAGGGGAAGCAGGAAGUUUCACAUAUCAUGCCUUCAUCUCCUACAGCCACUCUGAUGCCGACUGGGUGAGGGAUCAGCUCUUACCCUGUUUGGAGAGUGACAAGAACCCCUACCGCCUUUGUAUUCAUGAGCGGGACUUCAUGCCAGGAAGGUGGAUCAUUGAUAACAUCAUUGACAACAUUGAAAGCAGCCGGAAGGUGAUAUUUGUCCUCUCUCGGCACUUCGUCAACAGCGAGUGGUGCAACUACGAGCUGUACUUUGCUCAGCAGAGGGCGAUGGGAAAGACCUUCAACGAUGUCAUACUGGUGGUGAAGGAGCCCCUCGACCCCAGCUCCCUGCCCAGCAAAUACUGCAAGCUGAAGAAGAUGCUGAGCACCAAGACAUACCUGGAGUGGCCCCAGCAGGUCAGCCAGCAGCCGUUUUUCUGGGCGCAGUUGAAGAGCGUUUUGGGAAAGCCAUCGGUGACAAGAGAGGGGAGACACAGCGUUAGAAGCAUAGCCUCGUCUGUGAUUGGCUCUGAAGUGGUGGACAGGAAAGCAGAAGAAGCUCAGCUUAAUGCAGAACCAAAAAACAAGAUUAAUAAAAUGAAUAACUGUGAGCUCUCCAAUCAGAUACACAUCCCUGCUGUGGUGAGUGCAGCAGGUGAGAGGAGCCAAUAUAACGUCGGAGCUGAGAGCGCCGGCCACCUCCCUCACUCCAGCACCUUUCAGCAGCGAGAGUUCAGGCUUCAACUGUACGACAGAAACAUGACUUCCAAACUGCAGCAAUGUAUGAUCGACCUCAUCACAGUGUUUCAUACCUACUCUGGAAAAGAAGGUGACAAGUACAAGCUGAGCAGAGGGGAGCUGAAGACCCUGCUGCAGGUGGAACUCGCCGAAUUAAUGGCGGUGGGUAUCUCGUUGACUCCAGUCUGUGCAGGUUCUCCGUCACCCAUCCAGGUCACGGAAUGCAAAGAUCCCGCUGCGCUCGAGAAAAUCUUGAGUGCCCUGGAUGGAAACAAGGAUGGUGAAGUGGACUUCCAGGAGUUUGCAGCUCUGGCCGACUCGAUCAUGUGUUCCCAGCUGCAGUCCGCGAUGGAGGACCUCAUCAAAGUGUUCCACUCGUACUCUGGGAAAGAAGGAGACAAGUACAAGCUGAGCAAAGCGGAGCUGAAGAACCUCCUGCAGGGGGAACUCUCGGAACUCUUCCUGUCUGCCAGCAAGGACCCGAUGGUGGUGGAUAAGAUCAUGUCUGACCUGGACGAAAACAAAGACGGCGAGGUGGAGUUCCAGGAGUUUGUCGUUCUGGUUGCUGCUCUCACUGUCGCCUGCAAUGAGUUUUUCAUUCAUGCAAAUAGCAGCUCCAUCAGUCCUGAAGGAUGACAAACCUUUUCUUCAAGAUGUCAUUUAAAAACUGUAAACCGUGUGGUUGGAUGUCAUGAUGCUGAAUACACUUCACUGUUAACUCAAUAAGUCUUCAUCUUAAUAAAGAUGUCACGCUCUUCA